AUAUACAAAAGAUUUAAAAGAAUAUUUUUUUUUAUAUUUAAACAAUUUAAAAGCCCUUGCCUUUCAUCAACCAAGAAAAUGAACUCACACAAUUAGCUCUUCAAACUCUGUAAACAUGGCCAACAAGUUCUUAUUUUGUGUUCUCCUUAUCACACUCACUGUUAAUUUUUUUUGGUCCUCAAACACUCAAGUGAUGGCUCUGCGAGACCUACCUUUAUCAGAAGAAGUACAAGUGAUUGAGCAGGUUGUACAACUCCGAGGAGGAAAGCGUUGUUUCUCCACUUGCUAUUCUCUCAUGCAGAAUGCGCUAAGCCGUGUACUCUAUGCAGGAAGGCGAGACCUCAUUAUGACCCUGAAAGGAAAUGCUUUAAGCCAAGGUGAUCCAUUUAUUCAAUCUCAUAUCAUAAAAUGUCUUCUAUAUGUAUUUUAUUUUCUUCCUGCAUCUUCUGAGCUUUGUGUCGUUUAUAAAAGAACUAGUUGGUGAUGACCCUUGUCGUUAUAUAUGGCCCCAAUGUUAUAAAGUUGGAAUGAUGAUAUAAUGGUUGUAUUUGCUUUAAUGUGAAAGUGCCUAAGUCUUUUUUAUUGAAAACUCAGCUUUGAU